GGUCGGAAUGUCGGAGAUGGAAGGCAGUGGAUCGGAGAUGACGACAAUAUCACGUCAUCAUUUCGGAGAUGACCCGGACCAGCCGGACUUCUCCGUGUCCAUAAUCGAGAAUAUAAAAGAAGAGUAUGGGCUGUUCGUGUGGCCUUGCAGUGUAGUUCUGGCGGAGUAUGUUUGGCAGCAAAGGCUGCGUUUUGCCGGAGCUGCUGUGGUUGAGCUUGGUGCUGGGACUUCAUUGCCUGGUUUGGUUGCCGCCAAAGUUGGCGCUGACGUCACUCUUACUGAUGAGUCCAGUAGACUGGAGGUGCUGAGCAACAUGAGAAGUGUUAUUGAACUUAACAAACUGCAAUGUAAUGUAGUGGGAUUGACAUGGGGAGUUUGGGAUGCAUCUGUGUUCAGUUUACACCCGAAAUUUAUUCUUGGAGCUGAUGUAUUGUAUGAUGCUAAAGCCUUUGAUGACCUCUUUGCAACUGUGGCAUAUCUGCUCCAGAAUUCUCCUGGUUCGGUCUUCAUAACAACGUACCACAAUCGAAGUGGGCAUCAUCUUAUUGAAUUCUUGAUGGUCAAAUGGGGAUUGAAGUGUACAAGGCUUCUGGACGCAUUUUCAUUUAUGCCGUUGUGCAAGUCAUCCGGGCUAAGUGGAAAUCUUCAAUUGGCAGAAAUUGUUCUGGACAGUGAACGAAGCUGAGAUAAUGGCUUUGCAUUUGCAUUUCGGAUAUCUAUGGUAAUACCAGGCAUUCAUGCUGCUUAUUAUUGUUGAAAGUCUGCUGCAGCAAGUUCAUUUGACUGUAAUGAACAUCAUGUAAUCAUCUUUGUUAAGUGCAUGGUGUUUAACUAAUUUUGGUUGACACAGAGUUGAUGCAUUCUUUGGGAAUCUG